ACCCGACCGUGACAUCAUCUCUAUCGACAUCCACAGGAGCUAUUUUUAUAGCCCACCAACACUGAACACCUUCGUUACACCACCCAACAUCUAAUGAAGAAUGAGUUCCGCUAAAGACAUUGUCGAGAAUGCCAUUGCCAACCGUCGGGUUGUCAUCUUUGCCAAGAGUUACUGCCCACAUUGCCGCGCGUCCAAACAACUCCUGAAAGAGCUGUUCCCUCCUGACGACGUCCUCAUAUUCGAUCUAGAUCUUAUGGAAGGACAAGCCAUUCAGGACUACCUUGCCGUUAAAACGGGCAAGAAGACUGUCCCGCAGACGUUCAUCAACGGACAUCACGUCGGCGGAAACGACGAUCUUCAAGAGGCCUAUAAGAACGGGACACUACAGCGCAUGAUAGAGGGGUUGUCCAUCUGAGCUUUGGAUGUGCAUAAGAACAGUCGCGCGGGGCGUGGAGUAUGAAACGUGUGAUGUUGUGUGAUGGAACUAGCUAUGUUCGUCUCCAUCGAAGGUGACACCUGACGUUAAAAGGGUGUUGUGGUCAGUUCUCUCUGCCUAUGACAUUCUGGCGCAUCUGGGA